AUGGCCCCAGCGGAAGUUAAAAGGGAAGGUGAUGAUUAUGACAUUCCAAAUGAAGCAGAUGACACUCGUUUGAUCAAUGAAAGUCUGGCGGAACCUUAUCAUGGUUGCGAAGCUGGUCCGAGCAAUAAAGAAGCAACCAACAUGAACGUUGAAGAUGGCAGAGCCGAUGUAAAAAAAGAAAUGGUUGAUGAUGCUCAUCCCAAUGACAUGGCUGUGGGUCAGAGAUUAUCAAAAUACUUGAACCGUGUUGCUGAGAAGAGUAGAGCUCCCAAGGCACCAACAAGAGUAGGUUACAAAGCCCAAUUUUGUAUACGGUACGAUGCAGAUGUUGGUGAAGGGAGAAAGUAUGUUGUGACUCACUUCGUCGCAGACCACAACCAUGAAUUGGUGGAACAACACUGUGUGAUGUAUUUGAGGUCACAUCGCAGUUUAAACAGCGCUGACAAAGCUCAAGCAAUGGCUAUGCGCAACGUCGGUGUAAAGACUAGCCAAAUCAUGGACUAUAUGGUAAAUCAAUCCGAGUCUUAUGAGAAUGUUGUUUCAUCCGUACGGAUCUGCACAACCAUAUUCAAGCCGAACGUAGAGCAGAAGUUGAGGAUAGUGAUGCGCAAGGCUGACUACGCAAAGUUUGGUGAUGUGUUGAUAUUUGACUUAACUUACAGAACCAAUGCAUACAAGAAACCUUUUGUCAUGUUGGCUGGUGUGACUAACCACUUUAGGACCACGAUAUUUGCAUGUGUUUUGCUAGCUAAUGAGACAAUUGAUACAUACACAUGGGUUUUGGAAACAUUUAUGGAGGCGAUAGGCAAUAAAGCACCUGUGUCCGUACUGACAGAUGGAGAUAAGGCGAUGCGAGAGGCAGUCAGAAGAGUAUUUCCAGACGCAAGACAUCGAUUAUGUAAUUGGCAUAUUGGGAAAAAUGUUAUUUCAAAUGUUCACAAAAGUGGCUUUGCAGAUGCUUUCAAGCAGUGCAUGGACAUGGAAACGAAUGAGGCAAAGUUUGAGCAUGGCUGGACGAGAAUGGUCGAAAAAUUUGGACUUCAAACCAACAGUUGGGUGUUGGAGACAUAUGAGAAGCGUCAUAUGCACUAUGAUCAGGCUCUUGCAAGGAUAAGGUAUAACGAGGCUGGCGAUGAUGCUAAAACAAAUAACACUUUACCGGUAUUGAUUACUCCAUUGCGAGAUAUAGAGAGACGUGGAGCUGAGCUAUUCACCCGAAAUAUAUUUAGAAUGUUCCGUGAUGAAAUCUUAGAAGAGGGGAAGUUGAAUGUCAAGGAUGUGUUCCAUUUGUCAGAUGGUCAGAAAUGCUACUAUAUUCAUAAGUACAAGGUGAAGGAUAGAUCAUGGAUAGUAACACACAAUCCAGUGGAUGCUGCAAUGAGAUGUUCUUGCACGAAGUUUGAGUUGUUGGGCCUACCUUGCUGUCAUAUGAUAUGUGUUAUGAAAGCCGAAAAUUUAACGCAAAUUCCACCAACUUGUGUGCUACAUAGAUGGACAAGGGCUGCAAGCAAGGAUGGCCAGCAAUGGCCUCAACCCUCAAUUGAUAGCAUUACAACACAGACGGCCCGGUAUGGGAUAUUGAGUUCUUCCUACAAUGAAAUGUGUUUCUAUGCCUCGCAAUCAAAGGAACGUUUCAAAGAGGCUAGGGAUGCAUGUCUUCCGAUGACGAGCCGGAUGAAGGAGUUAUAUGAGAGGAAUCUGAACAAUGGGGAUGGAGACAAAGGGAAACAUUCAAUCCCAUGA